UCCUCUCCUCAACCACCACCAACCCAACCCACCGCCGCUGCCAUGCGCCGCCCCCUCCGCCGCCGCUAGCCCAUCCAGCCAGCCGUCGGUCGGUCGGAAUGGCCCACCGCGCGCCAAUGCCGGGCUCCCUCUCCGACGCCCUCGCCGCCGCGGUGCUCCGGGACAAGCCCGACGCGCUCCCUCCCGGUCGGCUCUCCCCCGUCUCGCCGCUGCUCCACUCCAGGGUCCCCACCCCGACCUCCUCCUCGUCCGGCUCCUCCGGGUCCGCGCCGAGGACGGCGGCGGCGGGAACGGGCGUGUCGGUGGCGUCCGCCGGCGUCGCCGCGCGGCGUGGCGACUGCUACGGCGGCGAGGGGUUCGGGGGUUGCGAGGAGGCCGGGGGUGGAUACCGGUGCUCGGGGGCCGCUGGCCCGCUCAUCUACACGUCGUGCUCGACCGCGGGUGGCGGUGGCGGUGGCGGUGCCGCCGGCUCGAGCACCGCCACCUCGGCGCUCGCCAACGGUGCGUUCCCCGCGGGCAACAUCUACCCCUCUGGCCGCCUCCCCACCACGCCGCCGGUUCCGCUGCCCCGUGCCGCCCGCCGCGACGUGCUCGGCUCCGGCACCGGCAACUACGGCCACGGGAGCGUCGUCCGCGCGCGAUGUGCCACCCCCGCCGGCGCCGCCGCAGUCUCCGAUGACCACGCGUCGCCGGUCAGGACGUCCGCGGCGAGUACCGAGGCCGAGGAGAUUAGGCGCGCCGGGAACGAGCAGUACAAGAACGGGUGCUUCGAGGAGGCGCUGCGGCUGUACGACCGCGCGCUCGCCAUCUGCCCCGACAGCGCCGCGUGCCGAGGCAACCGCGCCGCGGCACUCAUCGGACUCAACCGCCUCAGCGAGGCCGUUAGGGAGUGCGAGGAGGCCAUCCGGCUCGAUCCGUCCUACGGCCGCGCGCACCACCGCCUCGCGUCACUGCAGAUAAGGUUUGGGCGCACUGCUGAUGCCCGGAAGCAAAUGGGCAUGGGUGGCCUGCAGCCGGAUGUUGUAGAGUUACACAAAUUAGAAGCAGUAGAAAAACACCUGGGGAGAUUUGUUGAUGCACGCAAGAUUGGCAAUUGGAAGAGCGCGCUGAGGGAAUGCAACGCUGCAAUCGCGGCAGGAGCAGACUUUUGUGCAAUGCUCUUUGCUUCUAGAGCGGAAGCUCUUCUCCAGAUGAAUCAACUUGAUGAGGCUGAUUUGGCGAUUUCUAGAGCAUCCAAGCUUGAUUGUUCAUCCUCAUGCACCCAGGACAUGAUGUUCUGUGGGUUUCAGGCCAACUCAUACCUAUACUAUGUACAUGCCCAAGUUGACAUAGCAUUUGGAAGGUUUGAUGGUGCUCUGUCAUCUGUGGAAAAAGCUAGGAAAAUAGAUUCUGGAAACAUUGAAGUGAUGGCCAUGCAUAAGAAUGUGAAAACUGUUGCCCAAGCUCGGUCCUUAGGGAAUGAACUCUUUCAUUCUGGAAAAUUUGCAGAAGCUUGCCUAGCAUAUGGUGAAGGGCUCAAGCAUCACCCUGCUAAUUCUGUCCUCUACUGCAAUAGGGCUGCUUGCAUGUUCAAGUUAGGGCAAUGGGAGAAAUCUAUUGAGGACUGCAAUGAAGCACUUAAGAUUCAACCCAAUUAUUGGAAGGCUCUCCUAAGGCGUGCAGCUUCCUAUGGCAAGAUGGAAAACUGGGCAGAUUCUGUAAAAGAUUAUGAGGUUCUUAGGAGGGAACUUCCUAGUGACACUGAGGUAGCAGAGGGGCAUUUCCAUGCCUUUGUUGCUCUUAGGUCAUCCCGAGGUGAGGACGUAUCCAAUAUGAAGUUUGGUGGAGAGGUUGAAGCACUUCUAGGAACAGAACAAUUCCAGAUGGCUACAGCCUUGCCAGGUGUUUCUGUUGUUCAUUUCAUGGCACCUUUAAACCAGCAAUGUUCUGACAUUGCCCCAUUCGUGGAUGCACUGUGUACCAGAUAUCCAUCUGUUAAUUUUCUCAAGGUGGAUAUAACUGAGAACCCCACAGUUACACAAUUAGAAAAUGUCAAGACAGUUCCAACCUUUAAAAUCUACAAGGAUGGUACAAGAGUGAUGGAGAUGAUCUGUCCCAGCCAUCAGCUGCUGGAGUCCUCACUGAGACAAUUUGAAGUCUAGACCGUGAUCUCAAUUAUUUAAUAUUUCCUGCAAAUCCAACAUCUGAGAAUUGACACGUGAUAGCCACAGCUAAGAAGGCAAUAUUGUUUGCCCUCUGUGAAGGCAAGUGAAGAUAAGUGAGUGAUAUGGAAAUUUACCCCAUGUCCUCCAACCACAUUCUUCUGUGCAUUUUUACCUCCUCAUUUGUUACUUAUGUAUCUUAUUUAUUCUUUCUAUAUAUAAUGUAUAUGUUUGCGUUUUUCUUCUAUAAAUAAACAAUGUCUUCCAUUCUGGUAUAGAAUAGGUGUAAAUUCUUGUUCUCAUUAAACUCAUGUAUUUAAGUUAUGUGGUUUGUAUUCUGUGUAUCCACAAACACCUGCUGCAUCUGUAAGCUUUUGUAGCAGUCCUUUUAUACAGAAUUAUAUGUAAAUUAUAUGUAACCAUAUCGUCCAUAA